GCAUUGAGCAAGUGGAGGUAAUGACGGAUGAAGAUUUUCAGAAAGUUGGCUUGAAUACGAUUGGAACUCGCAUUAAAAUUAAACAGGCCUGUAGGAACUUUUUGAAAGGAAAUCUGCAAUCCCAAGUGGUGGAAAAGUACAUUGAACUAUCACAACCUAGAAAAAAAAAAGAAGUGCGCAAUGGAAAACGAAACAUUAUUAGAAAUGAGAAGCCAACAAGGUGUUUAUAUAUAGGGUGGAAACACAAAGCAACAGGUCAUUUUAAAAUAGUUUCAGCUAGCAAGGGCGGUGGGCAACGGUUAUUGGAUGUCAGGAAAGAUAGCUCCUAUACUGAACUGGUUAAGUUGAUAUGUGACUGCUAUUUUCCGAAUGGCUACAGCAAAUGGCAGGAUUUGAGUAUCAAUGAUAUAACGUAUUUCAUUGGAAACUUCACUGGUGAACCAGUACCGACAAUGGAUGGGAACUUCACAUUCUCCAAGUACAUGUCCACGCAAGCAUCUUUCCCCAUGAUUGUACCUUCAUACAGAAACUGUCUCAACAGCAGUGACAGUCCAGCAUUCACAUUCGCCAACAGGGUCGACAACCCAGCCAUCACAAACGUUAACAGCGGUGACAACCCAGCCUCCAACAGUGCAGUCAAGCAGUUCUUCAGAAAACUACCACUUUGUAAUGUUGAGGAAGAGAAACAACAUGAUUGGUAUAAACAGAUGUAUAGAAGUUUACACAGAACAAAGAAAAAAGAAGCAACAAACAACUAUAAGCCGACGUACCAGUGGCCUGAUGAUGGUGACAGAUCAGACACAAAGUCAGUUGAUGAUAUUAACCCAUACAGACCUAGUUAUGAGAAGCCAUCAAGGUCUGUGAGAGGUGACAUUAACUCUGGUUACCUCUCAGAACCAGAAUACCGAUCAAAGAUGAGAAGUAAAAGUACAUCAAAUGUCAGCAGAACAGCUCGGGCUUUGUAAGUUUGCUUUACUGAUAUCUGUAACAGGUAUAUCCAGUAAAUGUGUGAAAACCCAA